UUUACAAAUGUUGAAAUUCUUCUCCAAUAAAAGGAGUGCAACAGCGCAAUUCUUAUUUGACGUACUACCACUGCUGUUAAAUCUCAGUAUGAAAUAAAAAGCAAUGCCGUAAAUCGCACAAAGAAGCGAGCCUUUGUGUUUACAACCUAACUUUUCAAAUCAGUGGCUACCACACUGACAUUUCACUUCCUGGGCUUUGCUAAUUGUGAACGAAUCAGCCACUCAAACAGUUGAGUAGCCGUGGGAGGCCUGUUAUUGGUCUCAUGGUUUGUUCCCGUUGCAGUUUGGAAAAGUUACAUUUUUUGACACGAAAAUUACGGGGUCAUUGGGAUCGACAAAUAGGAAAACUGUGCGAGAAAUUUUGUGGCAAAAAAUCGGAUCGAUCGACAUUCUGCGUUAACGUCUUGGUUGAUCUACUUAAUUGAAGAAAAUACCAGAUUAAAUUGGCUCAAAUAUUAAAGAACAAAAAAAUGCUCAAAAAGUUACCGCCACAUGAAACAUUCGUUUGGAAAUAGUCUAAUCUUAUCUGAUCAAUAAGUGAAAUGAACAAAAAUCAAACAGAUUAGUUUCUGUUUUGCGACGAAAAUGGAAUCUAGGAAUAAAAUUAACGCGUUCAAUUUCUUGCUCACGUGCGUUUUUCUUUUUGUGGCUGUGGAGAUAUCUGAUGGAGGCAGCAACUUUGCAAAGAAAAUCAGCAAAAUUACGGAAAACUUGGAUGAAGCAGUGUUAAACUUGUCGAGCACUGUCAAUUAUACGGAUUACAAUUUACCUGCACAAUAUGUCAGCAAUGUGCAAUUUAGUGCUAAAGGCAUGGCGGGGCUGUAUAACUUGACUACCAUGUUUAUGGAUCUGGUUUUGCCGACGGAUUUUUUCAUGGAAGGUCUCCUGACAGUGAAUGACCGCAAUCUAAAUGUAAACAUUCCGGACUAUAAGGAUGCUCUACGUUACUAUUGGCGACCGUUGACGAUUAUCGUAGUGCUUUUAGUAUUUUUGGCAUUUUUCCCUUUGUGCGGGAUAUGCUUUUGCUUCUGUCGUUGUUGCGGAAACUGUGGUGCUCGUUCCAAACCUGCCGACAAAAAACGAGAUCUCUGUGCCAAAAUUAUCCAAGGAACAAUUUUGAUUGCGCUUUGUACCGGUUUGCUUUUCUGUGUGGUUUGCGCGUUUGGAAGUAACCAGCAGUUGCAGGAUGGAGUCAGGUCCUUUCCCAACAACAUGAGGAACAGCGUGAAAGACACCAGUACAUUUUUGAAUCAAACGCAAAAUGAAACCUCUCAUCUACUUGUUAACAACUAUAUCGAAUUUGUGAAUGUAUUUACUAAUACAAUGGAUGGCAGUACAUCCACAAUCAUGGAUCAACUGGAAGUAUAUUCCAACGCAACUGGAAUGUUAAAAUUAGCAGAGUUUGUGAAUAACCUACCUACAAUAGAGAACACAUUAUACAGUUUGAGAAACAAUUCAAAUAGGCUUAGAGUGUAUGCUUCACAAUUAAAUGAUGCUCUAAGAAAAGUGAAAGGAGAUCUCUUAAUUACCUUAAAGGAGUGUGUUGAGUUGAACAUUAUCAAAGAAUGUGAAGACCUGAACGAUAAAAUAAGCAGAUUAGAAACUAACAUUGACUUCAAUAAGUACGUUGAUAGAUAUUUUCCGAGGCUUCCCGAUGUUAGCGAACAAAUUGAAAUUUUAAAAGAUUUUGAUACUAGUGCCGUUGUAAAGGCUGCAAACGAUGGAUUAAGUAAGCUAAAGGAUAUAAGAGAUACAAUAGAGAGUAAGUUAAACAUUGGAUUAAACGAGGCCCGAACACAAAUAAAUAAUGCAAAUAAGACAAUUACUGACCAAUUAAAUUCAAUGUUCACAAAGUUGGAUGACAUCAAAAGGGAAAUUAAAGAUAACGCGUAUUCUUCAAUCGAUACUGCAGAUGAUUUUAUUAGUCAAUACGGACAAUAUGGUUAUUAUUGUGGGCUAGGAAUUAGCUGCAUUCUUCUCUUAGUUACUUUAUGCAUAGCUCUCGGUCUUAUUUGUGGAAUUUGUGGUAAAAGGCCUGAUGGCUACAGUGAUAACUGCUGCAAUAAAGGGGCAGGAAGCCAGUUUUUGGUCUGUGCUGUCAUGAUUAUGUUUUUCUUCGGCUGUGUAUUAAUAAUUCUAACACUUGCCAUGUUUCUGUUGGGAGCAACUUCAGACCGGGCUAUUUGCACUCCAUUACGAAAUCCCGAUCCUCAAGACCUGAGGAUAAUCAAAGUUAUAGAUGAUUUGUUAUCUUUGAGUGACCAACUUGAAAUAAAUGACAUCAAAUUUAGUAAUAUACUAAGUAAUUGCUACCAGAACAAAAGUUUGUAUCAAACGCUAAAUCUACACUCAGUAUUUGAUUUAGAAAAACUCAAAACUGAGUUCAAUGUCAGUGAAUAUUUAGAUAAGAUAAAGUUUGAUGACCUGUUAAAAGAUCCAGAUUUUUGUAUUUUGUGUGAGAAUCGUCAAGAACUAGAAAGGCUUAAGGACCUUAAAUUUGAUGUGGAUUUAGAAAAAUUCAGAGACGAGCUGGAAAAUAAUUUUACCAACUUUAGCUUAGACAUAUUGUCUGAAAAACUUCAAAGUAUAAUUAGUCAGCUAAGCGACCCCGUUUUCACCGAUAUAAAAAACAAAUUGGAGCUUAGUGCAUUGCAUUUAGAUACGUACAAUGAAAAAUUGCUUGUUCCAAUGAAAGAUCUUGCAAGAGAUGUUAUAGAUAUUUCAACAGAUUUGAAAAAUAAUCUCACAAUGGGGAACGGUAAUUUUGCAGAUUCAAUCGAUCUUUUAAUUUCAGAAAUUAAUGAUGCCGAAAUGUAUUUAAAACAUAAUGGUACCACAAAACUAGGCCAGAUUGCCAAAGAAUUUACAGAAAUAGUGAUAAAACAAGUCAACAGCUACAUAUACAGAAUAGCGGACCAAGUGAAUAACAGAAUUGGUGAAUGUGGUCCACUCAAUGUUGUUAUAAAUGCUACACUAAUAUCAACAUGUGAUAAACUAUUACUGCCUUGGAAUGGUUUUUGGUUCAGCCUCUUCUGGAGUUUAGUGUUGUACGUUUUCACCAUUGUGAUUUGCGUAAAAUUGGCCAGCCUUUAUCAGAAAUACAAGCCCUACGGUCAAUAUGUGGAGACCGAAUAUUUGUAUGACGCGUAUGCGGAUCGCGGGGAUAGUAUUCCCUUGAACAGUCGUGGCGGCAAGAGAAAUAAGAAGAAGAACAAGAAAUCGAAAAGACACGAUGAUAGACCACCUAGCGCGGGCGGGGAAGUGGUUGCCAGAGAGUACACGGCAGCUUCGCAUCCGCCAGAUGGGAGAUAUGCCGAUAUGGCACCAAAGCAUUGGGAAGAAUUUCCAAACGGGGGACCCCCACAAUAUCAAAGGGCCACCACCGAAUACGAACGGCCGCCACCUUACUAUUAUCCAGGGACAGCGGGGGAGCAAUAGGUGAAGAAGUGGUCUGGUGAAGAUGGUUCAGAAAAAACCGACUGAUUGAAAGUUGAUUUGUUUAUUAUAUUAUGACUCCUGUAUUGAGAUCAAAAAGUUGUAUAUGUUAUUAGUAAAUUUUAGUAAAUUUCGUUUUAUAUAUAUAUUUAGAGUAAUUGAGAUUGUUUAACGAGAUUUUUUGUAUUUAUUUGUUUUUUUUGUAAGAUACCUUUUCUGUACAUAGAUAUUGAUUUUUACGUUUUUUAAGUGGCGGCGUAGAAACGUUGGUUAGAUGAGGUGCUACAAAACAAUGCAUUUUUACUGCAUCCAUCAUAGAACAAUUUAGAUCAAAUUGUUGGAUGUGUGUUCUUAUUCCCAUGUAAUCCAAUGGACACAUUCCACGUUUAUCAUGCUCAAAGCGACUAUUUUUGUAUUAUUGCACUCUUGUUUAGUCGAAUCUUACUGCAAAUAUUUUUGGUCACGGAAAUGUUUUAAUGGGAAAAUAAACUUGUUAAAUGUGAUCAUUAACGUUACAUACGCAUAAUCUAUAUUAUUAAACAAAUAUAUACUGUAUUCUAUAUCGGCUGUACUAUGCAUUUACCGGCUGAAAAUAUGUUGAAGGUAGACAAAGGAACGAGUGGACAGAAACAUUCUCAAUAGUUUUUUGUUUUAUUUUGGUUUUCAGAUUUCCAUUUUUUUUUUCAUCGGUCUGUAUCUUUUGAAGACCUAUGAUUUCAAAACACUUAGCGAUACAGCUUUUUAAGUUUGAUUUCAGGAAAAUAUUGUGGUAAAAAUCGUCUACAUACGAUACGCCCUACAAAAUCCACUUUUAAAUUAUUUUGAUUUGUUUUUGUGCUCUUGUCUACACUUCAGCGCGCUGCAUGUCGACUCCCGAACAGUGAAUUUUUAUAUUUCUUUACGUAAUACAAACAUGUACCAAUUAUUGUAACAAUUUUUUUUAUAUAAUUAGCAUUUUUACUGGAAAAUAUCACUAACGGUUUUCAUUGACCAUGAGCAAAAGAUUAUUUUAAAUAAUUGUUCAACUUAUCUUGUGAUGGUUGAGGUGUUUUAACAAAUUAAGUCUUGGUGUCGAUACUACACACAAUAUAAUUAUAUCAUUAGACUGAAUGACACCGACGUGCAUACAUGAUCUCAGUUGAUUAAGACUUCACUGUUAAAUGAAACCUAAAAUUAAAUUUUAAAUCACUGUAGUAAUCGCAUGUUAACAUCCCCACUUUAUGCUCAAUUUUUAAAUGAUGCCAAACUAUUGCCAUUUACGUGUUUACUAUGUCAAAUUCCAAUAAAAUGAAAAAUGAA